UUCCCUUGCUCGCUCAACGUACUACGUGCAAGCGUCCGCUACCACUCGUUCGCCGCUGCUAGCUAGCUCGAUCGUCGGCCAUGGGCGCCAUGUCGUACGAGAGGCUGUCCGUGUCGUCCGGGCCCGAGAGCCGGAGUCGAGGUGGGGCAUGGGCGGCGGUGAGGCGGAGCCUGGCGCGGCUGUGCUCGGCGCGGCGGCAGGGGCGGUGGGCGCCGGCGAGGAGGAUGCUGCUGCUGGUGCGGGCGCGGGGCAGGAGGCACGGCAGGGUCGCCUGCGGGUACGACUCGGAGGGCUACGCGCGCAACUUCGACGACGGCGUGUGGAAGGCGGACGAGGGCGUGCUGCCGUGGAUGACCGCCGCCGGCGCCGGGCCGACGACGUCGUCGGCGCUCGCCGCGUGCACGCUCGCCCGCGCCGUGUCCUCCGUCCGGUGA